ACGUGGCGGGGCGAAGUCGUGUUUAAAAGUUUAUUUUUAGUUUGUGUUUAUAUUACGUUGCCGCCUUUUUAAAUAUUCGCCAUAUUAUCAAGUGAAAGAAACGCUACUAAGUUAAAGAGAAGCAACUUUUGUUACAGAAUCGGUCGCUACUGCUGGAUAGUCGGCCGCGGGUACAAAAUCUAUUCCAGGCGAAGAUUCAGAGAGCAGAGACAUUACAAUUUUAUUACAAAGUCACAGCUUGUUUUAAACGAGAAUGGAUUCUAAUGUGCAUUCUGCUAGAACUAGAGGUCAACGUAGAAGAGUGUCAUCAAGUCAAAGAUUACGACCGUAUGGAAUGACAGAUCUUAAUGUGUAUAUUGAUACGAAUGUUCACUAUAAUCUCGAUAUUGAUGAAGGAAGUGUUGCCAAUAGGACCGAGGAGCCUUGUAGGGUAUUGAUUAAAAGAAACAACCAAGAUUUCAACCAUGGAUUGGACGAAAGUCAGCGUGGUGAUGAUAGGAUGGGUUCACCGACUCCAAACGCCAGCAUAACUGCUGGUCAUCUCCAGAUAAUAGCCGAGGAUGAGAAUAUCGUUCUGGUUGCGUCCCUGGCAAAUACUGACACCGAUUCUAUCGGUACUUUAUCACCGACCCUAUUACAAUUACAUCCCACGCACAUCCAAUCGAACAGUCCAACAGAAAAUGGCGAGCAGUCUCUUAAUUCUGAUCAAAUUUGCACUGCACCAGAACAGGACGCUGCUAUGAAUCCGUUAUUCGACGAGGCUAUGUACCAGGAGCCAUCGGAGACGGAAGUUAAGAAGGAAACCGUCGCUCAAACGGCACAAGUUAAAAGCAACGGUCAAACUCUCACAACGAACUUAUUCCUGAAUCCUCAUUCGCUGGUGAGGGAAUUGCCGAUGCCUAGCGUGAACGCCCACAAGUUAGCCAACAACCUGAUCAAACUGUCCAGAUAUCUGAAGUCGCCAGCUCCCAGCGAUUUAUGCUGUCUAAACUGUUGUCGCAUCCCGGUUCUGCCCGUCACCGGCCAAUGCGGCCACACUAGAUGCAUGAGGUGCAUUGUCGUCAAUGGGACAUGCCCGUGCGGCGUGAACGCUCCUAAGACGCUAUUCGUAAACACGGUCAUUAGAGAGAUAAUUGAAAAAAUGAUAAAAUACAUAAGAAGCCCGAGAAUACUAGAUCCUGGGUCGCCUAGGAAAACCUGCGAGAAGAAAUUCCCGCUUAUUAGAGCGAGACGUCGUUAUUAUCGACGCGGACAGAGCUUCUCUAGAGGCGCUCCUCUCAGUAACUCUCCGACCUGGUGUUUCUCAAGACCCCGAGUGCCUUUGACCGUCCAGGCGCGGUUCAAACGUGCUCGGGCGCUACUGGCGGCUGGAGAGUAUUUGCAGGCUGCACCUCACCUGGCCAGGGUCGCAGCCUCAACGGAGCCCUGCGCUAGGAUGGCGAGAUUGAUGCUGGCACAGACUAUAAGCGCUUUAAGCGAAGGUCACAAGCGGAAGAGCGUCUCGCGGGAGCUGUUCCAGUCGGUGAGGCAGCAGUCUACGAUCAGCUGGUUAGCACCCUCGGAUCUGGAGUGCGUGUUGUGCACGAACAGCUACACGAACCCGGUUUCGACUCCCUGCGGCCAUACAUACUGCAGGACCUGCAUAGAAAGAUCCUUGUACUAUAAGAAAAAAUGCGCGCUCUGUUUGGGACCAUUGGAAAACUUUAUGCUACCUGAGACUCAAGACACGUUGUUCAUUAGUUCAAUACUAUCGUCUAUCGGAGUGUCGCAGUCUGUUCGUGAUGAGGACGUGAUACCCGUCGUAACAUGCUACGUUGCGUUCCCUGGAAUGCCCUGCCCGCUGUUCAUGUUCAACCCUCGCUACUGGCAGAUGGUGAGACGAGUGUUGGAGUCAGGCACACGAAGAUUCGGCAUGCUGGCACACGAAGGUGGAAAUAACUUUGCUGAUUACGGCACAGUGCUCGAGAUCUGCGACUGCGUAGUGCUGGAAGACAACCGCUGUAUAGUAUCGACCGUCGGCGUCUCCAGGUUUAGAGUCAUCGAGAGACACAUUAGAGACGGGUGUGACGUAGCCCGUAUCCAGCCACUGACAGAUGUGACACCAACUGAGGACGAGCUCCAAGACCUGCAUACUCUGUCCUCGCAGAUAUCAUCCAAAACUCAGACCUGGCUGAAGAAUAUGGACGAGGGUGUUAGGAAAGAAAUUGAAACUGCCUUCGGAGCUAUGCCUUGUAAGGACAUUCCUGAAAACUGGUGGAACACAUCCGAUGGACCUAAUUGGCUGUGGUGGCUGAUAGCCAUACUGCCCCUGAAGUCAGAGAUCAAGAUAUUAAUUCUAUCAACACGAAGUCUUCUCAAACGGAUGUUGGCUGUAUCAAGGACUUUGGACGUCAUGGACGCGGAGUUUGUAUCAAACGACUCAAAACUGAACAUCACUAGCAGAAAGGAAUGGCUGAGGAGAUGAAAAAUAUAGUAUAAUAGUGUUAGACACAAAAAAACUUACACCCGCAAUGGAAAAGACUAAGAAUAAUAAUAAAUUUUAAACAAAAUAAAUACAACUGACACACUGAGUCCUUAAACUAUUAUCAAUCUUAUGAACACGCGGUAAAUGUAAAUGAGAUAUUAAAAUAUUUUUUUAUAUCUGCAUUCCAAUGUAGAUGUUUGAUUUACUCUGUAAAUGCAUUUAAAAUGUUUAGAUUUUAUUUUGAGUUUGUUGUUAACUCUAUAAGGGUAUGUUAAGAAGGAUUUGAAAUAAAGCAAUAUCUGUAGCAUUUUCGUAGCGUCCCUUGUGUUAUGUUAAUAUAUUAUAAGGUAGUUGAAGCUAGCAUUCAUUUUGUAUUUCUGUGAAUUAAAUAUGAAGUUGCAGUGUCAUGAUCUGUCUUCCAAUGGGAACAUUUAGAUAUAAGUAAUAUCAUUGUAAUUUUGGGACACCAUUGAUGCUUAGAUAAUUUUUUUUUUUUUUUAUAGGUUUCAUAAUAGACACCAUGAUCUCAAAAUCCUAUUAUUUUUAAUAGUUCGGAAAUACAUUUAGUUUUAUUUUGUAUUUUUAUAGGUUAUACAAAACUAACAAGGUAUAUGCAAGCUUUACAUAAACGUAUUUGUAGUUGACUUAAAUGGCAAUAAUUGUGUUAAUUGUUUUUAAAAUCAGUUCAACAAAGCUGACAAGUUUGCUGUGAUCACUUAAGUGUUAUGUAAGUUUAAAUUAAUUUAACCCACCAUACCGGUUCACAGCCAGAUUGUGGGUUACGUGUCAUAGAAUUUGUGGAUGACCAAUAGCAUGUUUACUUACAUUUUUUUUUAUGUACCUACAGACCUAAGUAUGCAUUAUCACCAUUUUUAUUAAAAAAAAAAAUAAUAUGUUAUAUUUAUAAUUUAUGAAUAAUAAUUGAUUAAGGUUUACUUUUAUGUUUUAAUAGAUCAAUAAAUUAUGAUUUGAUUCUUA